AUGUCGGCCUGCCCAUGGCUCUCGGGGAACGAACAGGAACAGCAACCGCACGAGCAGAGACACCAUCGAACGCCCCUCGACUUAUCUUCUUUCGCACUCUUGCGAACACUGACCCUUCCUCUGCCUGUAUCGUUUCCCCGGCUGGCUCUAUUCACAGAUCACGAGGUCAGAUUUCUCCUCAAACAACUCUACGAGACCCUCAGUCAGGCACUACCAGCGAACAGCUCAGGGCAGAAUGAGCUUGCCGCAAUAUGGGUGCGCACCAUCAUGUCCGACGCAGGCAUUCUAUAUGCGUAUAUGUUUUCGCAGCUCAUGAGGAAUAAACACAAGCACCAUUUAGACCGGGUCGCCGAACACCAGCUCCUGCACGCCUAUUCCGAGACUGUCACCUACGUCAAUACGGCCCUGUCUAACCACGGGACGGCUUGCAAUGAUCGCACCCUACUCGCUGUCUUCACUCUCGCCUACCAUUCCAUGACGCUCGACUCCCAGACUCCGCAAGAUCCGCCGCGGAGUCCGGCUCAGGGCCCUCUCAACUCCCUGCGCCUACUCAACCUAUACGGCGGACCACUCGGAGCCGUCGCGAUCCAUCGCGAGGGGCUCUUGAAGAUGAUUGAACUUCGUGGUGGGAUUGAAAAGUUUACAUUACCUGGACUUGGGGGACUUCUUUGCUAUGCAGAACUCAUCUUUGCCAGCCGCGUGGUCCAGAGACCCCGACUUCCUUUUAGUCCCUGUGUCGGCCUGGACUUUGAGGCCUCCUUGAGACGUGCCUGGAGAGCCAACCACCCGCUCCACAGACUAGGCAAAGGGUUUUCAACACUGGACCAUUUCGAUUCCUCCCUGAAGUCGUUGGACCUCCAGGUCGCUCUGCAGGGUUUAAGUCAGUACACUCUCGCGGUUGACGACUAUCUCAAAGAUCGGCCCGAGGCACCGAGUCUAGCCGUGCUGGAAGAGCUGAGAUGUUUCGUGAUGCACGGGAUCCUGUCUCUGACACCCGACCUGGAUGAACCCUGCGCCACCGGUGCGGAGGUGCUCCAAGCAUGCCACCUCGCCGCUCUCACCUAUGCCAUGCUCUGUGUCUUCCCACUCCCCGCGGCCCCGUUUGACCUUCUAGCCAGACACAUCAGGCUGUGCCUGUCACGCUGCACCUCCGCGAGGGCAUGGUCCGACGCCCCGCAUCUCAUGCUAUGGAUAACGGUUGUCGCGGGCGUCUCUGCCACAGGCUCAGGCGGCGAUACCCGGGCCUGGUUCGUGGGUAUGAUCGAUCGCUACCGGCGAAAGCUGAAGAUCGAUUCCUGGACCGCCCUCAAGGAAGUCGUCUUGCUCGAGUUCCUGUGGCUACCCGCCACCAAUGACGGCGACGGCCUUAAGUUGUGGGAAGAGAUGGAAUCCUCGAGGCCUUGA